AUGCAAUUCCCAACUAGCGCACUCGCUCUCAUCACCCUUCUGGUCUCCUUUCCUCUUGCCAUGCAUGCGCAAAAUGUCCCCAACGAUUACAUGAUAAAACAAAACUCCGACCCCAAACGCCUUUUGGAGGUCUAUAGCGCGAACGGAAAAGUCGCUUACCGCUUCACCAAGACUGCGCAUGUCCCCUCUCAAGGGCAGAGCAUGAUCACAGUCGCGGACGGGUCUCUCCAGAAGGUGUUUUCGAUGGUCACGGGCUUGGACGACUGCAGCUACAAGACAAACUUGGCCCAGGUCGAAGGACCUACUCCGAAAGAUCAGUUACCAAAGCGACAGUACAAGUUUGAUGAGAGAAAGCUCUGGCAAAAUUCGGUCUGGCGCUUCAACGUCUAUUCCGACUCCGCUGGUGCCCGGGUAUACUACAAGUUCAAGAAGAAUCGCACAAACAAAGGGGGCCAGAUUUUCAAGGUGGCCGCCAAUCAACCCUCCCAGUUGGUGAGCCUUCUCAGAAGUCAAACCCGCAAAGACAACUGGCUGGAUCCCGUCAAAGGGACCGACACUUUUACCCUUUCAUCCGUUGAUGGUGCUCCAGUGACUGAACUGGCCACCCUGCUGUAUUUGGUCUUCACUCAAUGCUGA